AUGAGCCAAAAAGUAAACUUUGGGGCACAAGAUAAUUAUAUUCCAGUCAGUGAAUUAAGCAAAAAAUCAUGGAAUCAACAACACUUUUCCCUAGAAUUUCCCAAACCAAUGCGGCCAGGAAGAAAAAUAAGAUCAAGACCUUCCCAAUUACAAGAUAAUACAGUUUCUAAAUAUGAUGAAGACCAAUUAACGGGAGGUUCUAGACGACCGUUAUGGAUGCACCAGUCUUUAAUGAAGAUUUCCGAAAGACCAUCAGUUUAUUUAGCUGCCAGGAGACAGCCUCUAUAUAAAGCAACUCAUCGCCCCAGUGUAGAGAGUAAGAGAGACAAAGAAGACAAGGACAAAUUAGAUUUGGUAGCUGAAUCCACAGACUCACGAGAGUCAAAAAAAUCUAUGAAAGAUUCAAAGAAAGAGCAGGCUUUAGAAACAGAAACAAAAGACGAAAAAACAGACAGUGUAAAACCAGGUGACAGAAAAGAUAAGAGAAGUACAAAAAAGCGUAAGAGCUCAGAAACAGAAUCAGAAGGUGAAAAAGGAGACACAAAGAAAGACUCAAAAAAACAUAAGAAAAGUUCAAAGAAGGGUAAGGGGUCUGGUUCAGAAUCAGAAGGGGAAAAGGGGGACACAAAGAAAGACUCCAAAAAAGAUAAAGGUUCAAAGAAAAGCAAAGGGUCACCUAAAACCAAGGGGUCACCUGCGGAAUCUGAAGAGGAAAAAGGAGACACAAAGAAAGCCUCCAAAAGAGAUCGAAGUUCAAAGAGAAGCAAGGAGUCAACUACAGAAUCAGAAGAGGAAAAAGGAGACACAAAGAAGGCCUCCAAAAAAGAUAAAGGUUCAAAGAAAACCAAGGAGUCAGCUGUAGAAUUUGGAGAGGAAAAAGGAGACACAAAGAAAGCCUCCAAAAGAGAUCGAAGUUCAAAGAGAAGCAAGGAGUCAACUACAGAAUCUGAAGAGGAAAAAGGAGACACAAAGAAAGCCUCCAAAAAAGAUAAAGGUUCAAAGAAAACCAAGGGGUCAGCUGUAGAAUUUGGAGAGGAAAAAGGAGACACAAAGAAAGCCUCCAAAAAAGAUAGAGGUUCAAAGAGAAGCAAGGGGUCAACUACAGACUCUGAAGAGGAAAAAGGAGACACAAAGGAACCCCGAAGAGAUAAAAGUUCAAAGAAGGGCAAGAAGUCAGCUGUAGAAUCUGGAGAUGCAACAAUAGACGCAAAAGAGGAUAAAGAUGAGGAAAAAGAUACAACAAAAUCCAGUGAAAAAGGUGAUGAAUCAAAGGGUAAGAAAGAGUCCAAGAAAGAUGCCAAGAAAAGUUCCAAGAAAGAUGUCAAAGCAGAUGCUGACCCAGAAUCUGCUGAUGUGAAGGAUGCAAAGAAAGAUUCCAAGAAGGAAUCAAAGAAGAAAUCAAAGAAGGAACCAAAGAAGGAAUCAAAGAAGGAAUCAAAGAAGGGCAAGUAG